UUACAGUUGAAGACUUGAGGGAAGUGUCAGCUUGUAUCAUUCUCAUCUCUCUGGGAAAUGACAGUUCCAGGAGAGCCCACCUGCAUAUCAUCUGUGUUCACUGGCCAGCAGACUACACAGACAUGAUCUUGCCACCUGUCAUCACUCUAUGCAAGCCAGCAAACCACUGGACUUGGUUCCAACAUAUCUCCAACUUUUCACAAGCAGUGCCCUUCUUCAUUGCUGCUGCUGCAAACAUGGUAAUGUACAGUAAAAUUAUGAAGACAAUGCACGGGCGAGUCAACGGGCAAGGCGGACUGACCGAGAUGAACAAUGACAGGAUGGUAGAGGUACGUAACCAGGUAGCUGCAAUGCUUGUGGCUAAUGGUCUCAUCUUCUUCAUCUGCCAGAUGCUCUUUCAAUGUGUCUCCAUAGCCUUAGCAUUCAGACAUCUUCGAACUCCUCCCAUAUUGACCGUAGAUCAAGUUGACAAGGUUCUGCUAGUGGCUAGGAUCUUGUCCUACCUGAACUCAGUGGUCAAUUCUAUCGUUUACAACAUCUUCAGCUCCCGCUAUCGCUCAGCUUUUAGAGAGACAUUUUGUUGGUGGAAAGCUCAUCGAGUUCACCCCCGAGCCAUAGUCGGCCACACUGACCAGAAUCUUUCCAAUCAAGGAGGUCAAAGAAACUCAACAAAUCACUCCACGGGAACCCAUGACACUGUGUGUGUUGAAGUUGGUGGUUGUCAACAGAUCUCAUUAAACCAACCUCAAGGUCAACAAAAAUGAUUUUAUUCUCAGAUCGUAAAGUGUAGCUGCAGUGAAUAUUUCUUGGACACAGUUCUCUUACAAAUUUGUACUCCUCUUCAGUUUAUGGAAACUUGUUUACAUUCCUAUUUGGCUAAAUGAACUGAGAAAUACGAUUUUUAAACAUUCACAAUUGUCCAUGUUUUUGUGGACAACUGAAAGCGCUGUUACUGUGAUGUCAUCUAGGGAAGACACAAUUCAGUCAGUACAUGGGGUUUUCUGUUCAAAUUGUUCACCCCAAAUUUACUUACUGAAACCUUUCAGAGAAAAGAUUGAAGCUUGUUUAUCGCUAUGCACACAAACAACAAUGAAACAGCAAAAGGAACAAAUAUGCAGGCCUUUAUUUAUAUACAAACCAGUGUGACAUUGAGGUUUUCUUUCUGGGAUGACACCACUGUUUUGCUCGGAAUAUGAAAAUUUUCACAUUUUCUUAGCAUGAAAACCAAAAAGGCUGUAAAAUACUCUGAAGUAGUGAAACAAAUGUUGAAAAUAAGGUUAACUUAAACAUGAAGGUGCAUUUUGAAGGUCUGUAUUAUAACAAAUUUAUUGCAGCUACUCUUUAAUGAACAUUUAAUUGAGUAAAUAAUUUUACUCAGUCUUCUUCAUUUAAAUGUUUCACUAAAGCCUGAUGAAAUGUGGUAUUUAGAAAAAAUUGACCAUGCAACAGAAAAGCGCAUUGAAUUAUUACUAUAGUUUAUACAUAAAGUGCUUUUUAAAUUCACUCUGUUUAAUCUGUGGUCUGUCAAUGAAAUAAAAAAAAGGAAAUGCUAGACAAAAUCAAUGUGCCGUGAUACAAAUGCUGGAGCCCUUAUGGACAUACCGAAGUUGGAUGUACGUAUACUUCCUUCGACACAUUUAUUAAGAAGUAUAUGCAUUAGCCGAUAAAAAGACCAGACCAAAUUUACUUCAAGAAAUUUGUAUGAGAUGGGAAAACCUCUGAUCUGAAGCCACAUCCCCAUCUGUGAUUCUAGAAUGAUUAACUGCCUGCUUGUAACUAUGUGUGGUUACAUGAAAGUGAUUAAUAGAGGAGAAGAGAGAAGCCUAUAAUCAUUGAAUUCAUUUCAAGGGGAAGAUAGGUUCCCACAAUCAAAGUCACAGUUUUGCUUUUUUUUUCAACUUGUUCCUGCUAACAACUAUAAGAGGAAGAAUUUGUCUUCAUAUUGAGGAUGUUCAUCUGACAAAUGAUAAAUGUCAAUAUUUGGAGAGGCAUGUAUGGAGAUGGAUGCUGGAUGGAUAGUAACUGUCUCGCCCUCUCACUGCUGUACCAGUGUGUUCACUAAUGUCAUUACUUUGAUGGGAAAUGCCAUUCUGUAAAUUGAUCUUGAUACUGCUAACUUGUGGUUUGAAAUUAAUCAGUUGGCCCGUCUGUUGUUGGUAGUUGAAUAGCUACAUGUAAGAUGUCUACAUCAGCAAGUAAAAAAGUGAAAGUUUCAAUUCUAAAUCCCGGCAAAGCUGUAAAAAAUUUGCUUGGUGUUAUAAAUGUGCGAAUAGGAUGUUAUGGAAAA